CAAUCCCUCUCAUCAUUACUCUCUCUCUCUCUUGGUUCUAAAUUCUUCCAUUGGGAUUAUUGCUUUAUAUAUUUACCUAUCUCCCCUUCUUCUUUCUUCCUCACUUCUCAACUCUUCCCUUUACUCUUUUUCCCAUCUCUUCUUAUUCUUCUUCUUCUUCUUCUUUCUAGUUUCUACACAAAAACCCCAAAUCAAAUCUUCUGUUUUGUUGUUUUUGUUUCUCUUCAACAAUGGAUCUACCCACUGCCCAACACCAGGAAAUUGAAACACAUUCUGUGGAGAACAUGAUGGUAUGUCAAAAUUCAAAAGAUCAAAUGAGAAAGCCAAGGCCACAGCCAGAACAAGCCUUGAAAUGCCCAAGAUGUGAUUCAACAAACACCAAAUUUUGCUACUACAAUAACUAUAGCCUCUCUCAACCUAGAUACUUUUGCAAAUCCUGCCGCCGUUACUGGACGCAAGGCGGCACCCUCCGCAAUGUUCCAGUUGGGGGAGGGUGUCGUAAGAACAAAAGAUCAUCCUCGACGAAUUCAUCAUCUUCUUCCUCAAAGAAAUCCCAAGACCAUCUCUUCGGCUCAACUAGCGGCCUACCCCACUUGUCCUACGAUCACCAAGCCCAUGACCUCAGUCUGGCAUUCGCCAGGCUUCACAAAAACUCAUGUGCGAGUGGGAGUGCGAGUGCGAGUGCGGUUGGACCCGCAUUCAACGACUUUGAUUUCUCCAUUUUGGGAAUGCCAAACAGCGACGUUUUGAAUGGCUUUGGGUAUAAUUCUCAAACAAUGUAUUAUGGAAAUGACAACAUGGGUGGAAUCGAAAGCAGUGGAGAUCAAAUGAGAUUACAAACUUACGAUCAAGAUCAUCAUCAUCAUAAUCAACAGUAUAGCAAUGCUACAACGACGGCAGUGACGGUCACGACGAUGAAGCAAGAGCUAUUUGGAGGACGAGAAAUCAAUGGAGGUGAUCAAAGUAAAAUCCUUUGGGCAUACCCAAAUUGGCAAAUGAACAAUUAUACUAAUGCGAUAGAUUCAAACACGACCACGACAACGAUGAUGACAGCCAUGGAUUUCGAUUCCGGUUCCGCUCGCGAAAGUUGGAACAACAAUGCCUUCACUAAUGCUUCUUCUUGGCAUGGUCUUCUCAAUAGUCCUCUCAUGUAAUCCCUCUUCUUCUUUAAGAUUGUGUGUUCAUUUUUUUUUUUUUACUUAGAAACUAAUUAGGACAAACCCUCUUCCCCUCCAUAGAAUAUGAUCUUAAUUUCAAGGUUUAGUGGUUAUUUUUUCUUUUGGGAAUUAAGUUUUGUACUAAAAAGAGAGGUGGUUCAUUUGAAUCAUCCCAUUGUGUUAUUAGUUAAUUUAAUUUUGGGUUCUUCUUGCUUAUAA